GCUCCCUUCUCCUCCUGAGACGUGGGUGCAGAGCCCAAGAUGAAGAUUGAGUUCGCUCCCCUCUCCGUGCCGCUGCACAGGAGGCUUCAGACGGCAUCGGUGGUUCAUUGGGUCUUCAGCUUCCUAGCUCUAGCACAGUGCUGCACAGCUGCCUUCAUCGCCCUCUUCUUCACCCGUUUUUGGCUGCUCUGUGUCCUCUAUGCCGUGUGGUGGUUCAAAGACAGGGAGAAGCCCUGCAAAGGUGGGAGACGGAUCCAUGCCAUCCGGAACAGCGUUGUCUGGAGGUACAUGAGGGACUAUUUCCCCAUCACGCUGGUGAAGACGGUGGAGCUGGACCCUAGGCAGAACUACCUGAUGGGAUUUCAUCCCCAUGGGGUCCUGGCAGCAGGAGCCUUUAUCAAUUUCUGCACGGAGGCAUCGGGCUUUUCCACGCUCUUCCCGGGCAUCACCCCACACCUGAUGAUCCUCCCCAUGUGGUUUCGCAUCCCCUUCUUCAGGGACUACCUGAUGAGUGGAGGCCUUGUCUCCUCGGACAAGGAGAGCGCAUCCUACGUGCUGAAGAACCCAAAGGGUGGGAAUGUGCUGGCCAUCAUCAUCGGUGGGGCACGGGAGGCGCUGGAUGCUCGGCCGGGAUCCUGCACCUUGCUGCUGAAGAAGAGGAAGGGAUUUGUUCGCCUGGCCAUCGAGCAUGGCACGCCCCUGGUCCCUGUCUUUUCCUUUGGGGAGAAUGACCUCUUUGAGCAAGUAAGAAACCCCCAGGGCUCCUGGCUACGGAGGGUCCAGCACCAGCUCCAGAAGUUCAUGGGCAUCUCCCUUCCCCUCUUCCAUGCAAGGGGCAUCUUCCAGUACAGCUUCGGGUUGGUACCCUACCGUCGGCCUAUCUACACUGUGGUUGGGAAACCAAUUCCAGUGCAGAGGAACCGCAAACCCUCUGAGGAAGAGGUGGAUCGAGUCCAUGAGAAAUACCUAAACGAAUUGAGCAAGCUCUUUGAGGAGCACAAAGCUAAAUAUAACAUCCCAGAAGACAGACACCUGGAAUUCAUAUAGAGCUCCUCAAGCAAGAUGAAACCAUGGAGAUCAAGCUCCAAGUUUUCCCUUACCUCCAGAACAACAUAUG